AUGAUGCGAGGCUUCAAGCAAAAGUUGAUCAAAAAGACCACUGGAUCCAGCUCUUCUGGAGGCAAGAAGAAAGACAAGGAAGAGUCCAAGAGGUCAUCUGGUAAUGGCACUUCGGGAACAACUUCUGCCAAGAGCUCCAGCGAGAAGAAAAGCUCGAGUCCCAGCUCUGGCUCGAACGAAAAAAAGGGCUCGAGCUCCAGCACAGGAGGUGCAAGCACCAAGCACGCGAAAGCCAAAGGUAGCAGCACGAGUAGUACCAGCAGUUCUGGAACUGCCGCGGGCACGGCAUCAUCCUCGACUGGCUCGCACCCGGAAAGUGCCAUGGCUCCCUCGACCAGCCAGAAAAAACUGGAAGUCAUGGGAAACAUCAAUCAGCCUUCCAAGUCGUCACAUCCCACGCUGAUCGCCGCAGCGUCUCUACCGGCCUCGCCCACUUCGGCCACGGUGUCGUCCGCAACUGUCUCGUUGCCCGUACCUGGAGCGGGACAGGCCAGCUCUAAAGACAGCACCAACGGCGGUAUCUCUUCGAACGGCAUCGAUAUCCCACGCUCGUCGCACUCGUUCGAGCGUCUGCCCAACCCGUCCAAGCUCAACCCAGAAGCAGAUUUGGACCUGAUAAAGAGCCCACAAAGGCACUCGUCGUCGAGGUUCGAGCCCUCGCGCUACACGCAAAUCACCAAAUUGCCUCACUUCGACGAUGUUUCGCCCGAAGAACAAAUCUCGCUUUUCCUGGCCAAAGUCGACCAGUGCAACACAAUCUUUGACUUUUGCGACCCCAGUUUUGACAUCCAGGGGAAAGAAAUCAAACGAGUAACUUUGCAAGAAUUGAUCGAGUUUGUCGUCACCAACAGAUUCGCGUACACGGAGGAGAUGUACGCACAUGUGGUCAACAUGUUCAAAAAUAACCUGUUCAGACCUAUCCCCCCACCCGUGAACCCCAUAGGAGAAGUUUUUGACCCAGACGAAGACGAGCCCGUGAACGAGCUGGCGUGGCCACACAUGCAGUGCGUGUAUGAGUUUUUCUUGAGAUUUGUUGAGAGUCCCGAUUUCAAUCACCAAAUCGCCAAACAAUAUAUCGACCAAGACUUCAUUUUGAGACUGCUUGAGCUGUUUGACAGCGAGGAUAUCAGAGAGAGAGACUGUCUGAAAACCACGCUACAUCGGAUCUACGGUAAGUUUUUGAGUCUUCGGAGCUUCAUUCGUCGGUCCAUCAACAACAUUUUCCUGCAAUUUGUUUACGAGACCGAAAGGUUCAAUGGUAUUGCCGAAUUGCUUGAAAUCCUGGGAUCCAUUAUCAACGGUUUUGCGUUACCACUGAAGGAAGAACACAAAAUAUUUUUGGUUCGGGUCUUGAUUCCUCUGCACAAGGUUCGUUGCUUGUCAUUGUACCAUCCACAACUGGCAUACUGCGUUGUACAAUUUUUAGAAAAAGAACCUCUUUUGACCGAAGAGGUUGUCAUGGGCUUGUUAAGGUACUGGCCUAAAAUCAAUUCUACGAAGGAGAUUAUGUUCCUCAACGAGAUAGAAGAUAUCUUCGAAGUAAUAGAACCACUAGAGUUCAUCAAGAUCGAAGUGCCCUUAUUCGUGCAGCUUGCCAAGUGUAUCUCAUCGCCGCAUUUCCAAGUGUCUGAGAAAGUGCUGAGCUACUGGAACAACGAGUAUUUCCUCAAUCUUUGCAUUGAAAAUGCCGAAGUUAUUCUUCCCAUUAUAUUCCCCGCUCUGUACGAGCUAACGUCGCAAUUGGACCUGGAGUCUCACAGCGAUGAUAAAGGCAACCGUUCAUCCGAUCCCUACGUGCUAGUGGAGCAAGCGAUCAGCUCUGGAUCCUGGAACCGCGCUAUCCAUGCUAUGGCUUUCAAAGCUCUAAAAAUUUUCCUUGAGACAAACCCGGUCCUUUAUGAUAAUUGCAACUCUCUAUACUUGACCAGUGUCAAGGAAACUCAGAGACGCAAGGAGGAACGUCACAUCAACUGGCAAAAGCUCGAGACUUUUGUCAGGGACCUCAAGAUAAGCAACGGUACCGAAAUCGAUGAGCCCAAGGAAACGCAUUAA